AUGGAGGAGUUAGCAAUUGGUUUAGAGGCAGUGCACCUCUCGGUCGAGAAUGAUGAACAGGAGGAGCAGGGGCAGGGUAUGGACAUGAGGCAGGGCAGUCCGAAUGUCGUAGGCGAAUCGGAGGAUGAGGUCCUGAGAGCGGAACACGAUAAUAGGGUGGUGUAUCAGAGGCGGGAGACAAGAACAAAGAAGAAGUAUGAUCAGGAGCGGGAAGCACGCGAGGAGGAAGAGGCGAAGCGGAGGGUGGAACAGAAGCGUGUGAGGCUCGAGGACCAGGAGCGAGAGAAGGAUGAGGAGGAGCGGAAGAGGGAGGAGGCGAGGAGGGUAGAACGCGAAAAGGAGCAGAAGCGGCAGGAGGAUGAGGAGGAGCGGAAGAGAGAGGAGGCGAGAAAGGCGGAACGCGAAAAGGAGCAGAAGAGGCAGGAGGAGGAGGAGGAGGAGCAGAAGAGGGAGGAGGCUAGGAAGGCGGAACGCGAAAAGGAGGAGAAGCGGCAGAAGGAGGAGGAGGAGCGGAAGAGGGAGGAGGCGAGGAGGGCAAAACGCGAAAAGGAGCAGAAGCGGCAGGAGGAUGAGGAGGAGCGGAAGAGAGAGGAGGCGAGGAAGGCGGAACGAGAAAAGGAGCAGAAGAGGCAGGAGGAGGAGGAGGAGCAGAAGAGGGAGGAGGUUAGGAAGGCGGAACGCGAAAAGGAGGAGAAGCGGCAGAAGGAGGAGGAGGAGCGGAAGAGGGAGGAGGCGAGGAAGGCGGAACGCGAAAAGGAGGAGAAGCGGCAGAAGGAGGAGGAGGAGCGGAAGAGGGAGGAGGCGAGGAAGGCGGAACGCGAAAAGGAGCAGAAGAGGCAGGAGGAGGAGGAGGAGCAGAAGAGGGAGGAGGCUAGGAAGGCGGAACGCGAAAAAGAGGAGAAGCGGCAGAAGGAUAAGGAGCGGAAGAGGGAGGAGGCGAGGAGGGCAGAACGUGAAAAGGAGCAGAAGCGGCAGGAGGAUUUGGAGGAGCGGAAGAGAGAGGAGGCGAGGAAGGCGGAACGCGAAAAGGAGCAGAAGAGGGAGGAGGAGGAGGAGGAGCAGAAGAGGGAGGAGGCUAGGAAGGCGGAACGCGAAAAAGAGGAGAAGCGGCAGAAGGAUGAGGAGGAGCGGAAGACGGAGGAGGCGAGGAAGGCUGAACGCGAAAAGGAGCAGAAGCGGCAGGAGGAUAAGGAGGAGCGGAAGAGGGAGGAGGCGAGGAAGGCGGAACGCGAAAAGGAGCAGAAGAGGCAGGAGGAGGAGGAGCGGAAGAGGGAGGAGGCGAGGAAGGCGGAACGCGAAAAGGAGGAGAAGCGGCAGAAGGAGGAGGAGGAGCGGAAGAGGGAGGAGGCGAGGAAGGCGGAACGCGAAAAGGAGGAGAAGCGGAAGAGGGAUGAGGAGGAGCGGAAGAGGGAGGAGGCGAGGAAGGCGGAACGCGAAAAGGCGGGGAAGAGUGUGGAGGCCAAGGAGCGAGAAACGCGCGAGGAGGCGAGGGUGGAGGAGCGAGAGCGACAGAGGCAGGUCGGGGAUGGAGCUCGGCAAGUGGUGGUUGGCGACCAGCCAACCCUGGGGCAUCACGGAACAACUGUUGGUCGGGCAGCGGAUGUUGGUUUACCGGGAUUGAGAACAGGCGGACCGAGGCCGAUGAUGCAGCGGGAAGGUGGCCGGCGUGAUGAUCAAACAGCCCGGAACAGGGUCGGCGCGGGAGACCAUAGGAGGUUCGAUCAGUCAAGGCAAGCUGGUAGGCGAGAGGGUGAAGCGAUUGGAAUGCGGCAGGGUGAGCGAAUGGCGGAGGAUCAGGUCUGGCGUGGGGUGGGAUGGGGAAUGGAAGGAGUGCGACACAGGGAGUUUCAGCAGAGAGAGGCGGGAGGACGUGCGGACGAGGAACUAGAGAGUGCGGCUAGUGCGCUCCCCAUGCAGAGGCGGCAUCCACGAGCGGCAGAGAAUCCUGCUGCGGUGCAGGGAGAGGAACUAGAGGAUGGUGAAUGGGUGGCUGUGGAGGCGCUACUGGCGGGACUGGAGCAAGCGGGGCCGCAGGUUUUCGAGGAGACGGAGCGAGGAUUUGAGGAGGCUAGCGACCGCAUCGCAGCUGGCGGCAGGAUGCAUACCACAGCAGAGUUGAUGCGGCGUCUGACCUUGGUGGCAAGGUCCGUGGCGAGGGCUUCGUCGGAGCAACGUGUUCGUUUCAUCGACUGCAUGGCAGAGAUUCGAGAGUUUGGUACGCAGAUGCAAGCCUUGGACAGCCGCUACUUCCAGGACUACGAUGAUCUAACACACGAGUACCACGAGCUCAAGGCCGGGGUGGUCCGGGAACGCGACGAGCUAACCCAAUUGCGUACUGCUCUUUCGGCUUCUGUCACCGAAGCACGAGCGGCAGCAGCUGAUGCGGGUCGCGCAGCUGCAGCAGCGGCUGUGGAAGCAUUGGAGGAAAGGUUACAGGGGUUUUUCGAGAACUUACGGGAGAAGCUGAAGAGUGUGGUGGAGCAGGUGAUAGAGCAAUCGUCGCUAGAGGCCUCGUUCACAUCCACCUCCAUGGAACACCUGCAAGCGGCUAUUGACAAUAGUGUACUCGCAGUGUGGGAGGAUCUCAGGGCUGCCGACGACCAAAACAAUCUGACUUUCAACAAGAUUCAGAAGGCUCUGGCAGGACUGUCAACAAAGCUCAAAGGGCUGACUGGACCCGGCAAGGUCCGAAAGCCACCCACCGCCAGAGGAGAGGCCACACCAAAGGCUUCGCGAAAGCAGCCCGAAGCAGUUUCCCCAGACAUCCCAAUCUCCUCAGCACAACGAGUCAUUGAAAGGUUUGCCGCAACGUCCGAGGGUGAGGAGGGUGACGCGGGUGAGGCGGGUGAUACGGGCGCUGGUGUGGCAGAUAUUGACUUGUCUGAACCAGUGAGGAGAAACUGGAGAGAGACGUACGCAGCAAAGAACAUGCAGAAAGAGAGGGAGAAGGGGAGCGAAGAUAGGAGGACGGCUGAAGCGCGGAAGCGGCAAGCACUUCAGACGGCGCAAGUGACGGCUGCAAAGAAGAGGCGGGCUGAGAAGGGGUUGGGAAAUACGAGGGUGGAGGACCGUCCUGCGACUGUCAGCAGGGGGAGAGUGACGGAAAACCAACCGGCGGGUACAGCUGCAGAGGCAAGGAAGGCAGAACGCGAAAAGGAGCAGAAGCGGCAGGAGGACGAGCGGAAGAGGGAGGAGGCAAGGAAGGUAGAACGCGAAAACGAGGAGAAGCGGCAAAAGGAGGAGGAGGAGCGGAAGAGGGAGGAGGCAAGGAAAGCGGAACGCGAAAAGGAGUUGAAGCGGCAGAAGGAUGAGGAGGCUCGGAAGAGGGAGGAGGCAAGGAAGGCAGAACGCGAAAAGGAGGAGAAGCGGCAGAAGGAGGAGGAGGAGCGGAAGAGGGAGGAGACGAGAAACGCGGAACGCAAAAAGGAGGAGAAGCGGCAGAAGGAGGAGGAGCGGAAGAGGGAGGAGGCGAGGAAGGCGGAACGCGAAAAGGAGGAGAAGCGGCAGAAGGAGGAGGAGGAGCGGAAGAGGGAGGAGGCGAGGAAGGCGGAACGCGAAAAGGAGGAGAAGCGGCAGAAGGAGGAGGAGGAGCGGAAGAGGGAGGAGGCGAGGAAGGCGGAACGCGAAAAGGAGGAGAAGCGGCAGAAGGAGGAGGAGGCGCAGGCGAUGGAAAGGAGGCGGGCACAGAGGGAGGCGGAGUUAGAAGCUAAGCGUCAGCAGAUUGCUAAGAUUGCGGAAACAAAGCGGUUGGAGGCAGCAAAGCGAAAAAGAGACCUCGAAAUAGAGCGUCGGAAAGCCCUUGAGGAGAUCGAGCGUAUUGCACGGUUAGAGGAAGCCGCAAAGGAGGAAGAGGAGAGGCAACAAAUGGAGUUAGAGGCGGAAACAGAGAAAAUGGAAAACGAGAGGCGACGGAUUGCGGGGGAGGAUGAGGAAGGGGCAGCGGGGCAACGGCAGGGAGGAGAGGCGGAAGAAGGGUGGGCCGGGAUUCUUCAAGUGAUUUCAUUGGUUCCCGAUGAACCGCUGCAACUAGUUGACCUCGUGGGGGAGGUGGAGGGUUCGGAACAUGUGACAGGCUCUGGAGGUCUAGAGACUCAACCGCCUUUGAAGAGGCUUCGCAUUGACCUGACCGGAACGAACUUCGACGCGGAUGAGGGGUCUUUGGGGGCUGCUGCGUCAGAGGAAUGUGUCGGUGAAAAUGUGUCGGGAAAUCAGAACGUUCAACCAACGUUGGGGGAGGCGACGGGAGAGGUGGCACCGCGAAGAGCGGAUGUGCUACCAGACGAGCUAGGGAAGCGGUGGGGGGAAACAAAGCAUUUCAGAUCGAGUGGUCUUACCACACGCGAGAAGAAGAACAAAAAGGUGGAAGUGGUGUAUGUGCGCUACAACUCGGAGCAAACCGUCGGAGGUGUGAAGAGGAACAUGGGGAGCUACAAGGAGCGGAAACUACGCGAUUUCACAGUGGCCGUCUGUUGGAUGGCCUACUUCCCCGACACCGACAUGGCCCAUUACGGCUUGGAUCCUGCCGAGCUUGGCUUGUGGGCGGUCCACCUCGAUUUCGCUCGUGAACUCCCGACGGGUGUCUGGAGUGUCAUGAACGAAUUGAACCUCGACAAGUUCGAGAACUUCGAAAACGUCAUGAACAAGACAAAUGCACGGGUGAAGGACGGCGCACAUUUCCAUGCACAGGGAUUGGACAGGCACUGGUACACGGAGGGAGUGGGCUGGUGUCGCCCCCCGCGAAUGUCACUCCCGCGGUCUAUGCAGCGGGAGUAG